AUGGCUAGUGCUGGUGGUGUCCGGGUACUAGAUGGCCCGGAUGACCCGGAUGGACCCGACGACCCGGACGACCCAGAUGGGCUCGACGACCUGAACGAGCUUGACGACCUGAACGGGCUGGACGACCCAGACGGGCCGGACAACCCAGACGGGACCGACAACACGAACAGGCUCAACGACACGAACGGGCCGGACGACCCGAAUGGAUCCGACAACCCGGAUGGGCCAGACAUGCCAGACGACCCGGAUAGACCCGUCCAAACAGUCGGGCCCAUUCAGGUAGUCGAGCAUGUUCGAGUCGUGGGGCCCGUCUGGGUCGUCAGGCUGCCUGACCUGUUUUCGUCAGUGGUCCCGCCUGGUCCGUUCGGGUCUUCGGGUCCGCGUGACCCUUUCGGGUCUUUGGGUCCGCCUGACCCAUUCGGGUCUUUGGGCCUGCUUGACCCGUUCGGUUCUUCAAGCCCGCUUAACCCGUUCAGAUCAUCGGGCCUUCUUGGCCCGUUCGGAUCUUCGAACCUACUUGUCCUGAUCGGGUCUUCGGGCCCACCUGGCUCAUCUGGUUAUUGGGCCCGCCUGGCCCGUCGGGUCAUCGGGCUCACUCGAAUUUUCUGA